GCGAAGAGUGAGAACUUCAGCGGAGGCGGCGAACAUCAGAGCAGCGGCGGCGCAGCGUCGAACGCGGAACGACAUCGGUCGUUCGGAUCACCGGGACCCGACGCUGUCAAUGACAGAUAAAUCGUCAAGUUUUGUGCAACUGUACUACAUUGUUAUCAAGGAGAUAAUAGUUUCAUUAUUGCGUACCAACCAGUGUCGGACAUAUAUAAAAGAAGCUCUUUGCAGUUUGAAGAUUCAUUGCGUAUUUAAGUGUGAACCUGCAAAAUGUUCCGAUACGCGUUAGUUUGUGCGGUACUUGCGAUAGCCAGUGUCAACGCAGCAUCAGUACUAAAGCCCCGUAAUCCUCGGGGUCGGAUUAUCGGUGGUGAAGAUGCCGUGAUUGAGACCUAUCCCUACCAAGUUUCGCUUCAAAAUCAAAAUGCUCACGACUGUGGGGGUUCCAUAAUCUCCGCAAACUGGAUCGUCACCGCAGGCCACUGUGUCUACAGCGAUGCUUCGACUUUGCAAGUUAGGGCUGGUUCGAGUUUUACCGACCGCAAUGGAACUCUUCACAAAGUCGAUCGCACAAUUGUGCACGAAAAAUUCGAUGACGACGAUGAUGUGCCCGUCAACGAUAUUGCUCUCGUCCAUGUGGUUGAACCAUUUGUAUUCGACGAUACAAGACAGCCCAUUAGCCUGUUCAAGGUCAACGAAACAUCUCGUACCGGUUCUUGGGGUCUGGUAACCGGCUGGGGUGAAACCGAUGACAUCUACUACGAGGGUCAGCUGCAGAGUGUUGCCGUGCCGAUCGUGAGCCAAAAGAAAUGCAGCAAAGUCUACAAAACAGCUGGUGCUCGUUUGCCUGCAGGACAAAUUUGCGCUGGAUACCUUGGCGAAGGAGGCAGAGAUGCCUGUCAAGGUGACUCCGGUGGUCCCAUCGCCAUUAACGGACGUCUCGCCGGUAUCGUGUCCUGGGGAAUUGGCUGCGCUGACCCUAACUACCCUGGUGUCUACACUGAGAUUGCUUAUUAUCGAGAUUGGAUCAAGAAGAAUGCUAAUAUUUGAUUUUUAAUUUUCUCGCUGUAUUAUAAUGCAAUACCGAAUAAAUAUUUGAAAAGAAUUAUCCAUUUAAAAAA